AUGACGAAUUCAGCAUCGACAUUACCUUCUAUACUGACAACACUUACGGAAAAAUUAACCUAUAUUGCCCUUCCAUUCUAUGUUAUUCUUGGUAUUCUUGGCAAUACUUUUUGCAUCAUCUAUUUCUUAAACAAAUCACAACGUGCAAGUUCAUGUGCAUUUUAUCUUUUACUUGCCGCUAUUACAAAUAUGUUUGCUGUUACAUUUGGUGUAUCAACAAGUAUUUUAAGUCUUGCAAAACCAGUUGUAUCAGCAUCACUUGUUUACUGUAAAUUACGUAUGUAUAUCAAUCAUACGUCAAUAUUCAUUGGAAGAAUGUUCACAAUUCUAGCUACAAUUGAUACAUAUACAAUGACUUCACAAAAACAUACUUGUCGAAUGUUUAGUCAACGAUCAAAUGCUAUUAAAUGUGCUAUAGGCGUUGUUUUGUGUUGUCCACUUAUUGCUAUUCAUAUACCUAUUAUGAAUACAAUUGUUGCCGGUCAAUGUGUUAUGACAGGUGUAUAUGCAUUAAUAUUUGCAAUUUAUCAAAUGUUAAUUGCUGGUAUAAUACCACCAUUAGCCAUGAUAAUAUUUAGUUGUCUUGCAUAUUUAAAUAUGAAAAAAAUUCAUAUUCGACCUGAUGAUACAGUAAAACGACAGCAACAACGACAACAUAUUCGUAUGGUAACAACUCAAAUUACUAUUUAUAUUAUAUCAGCUGAACUUGUUCCAAUUACUACAAUGUAUAAACAAUUAACAUCAAAUAUCAUAGGAAAAAGUCAGGAUCGAAAAGCUAUUGAAGCAUUUAUUAUAUUUAUUGCAUCAAAUUUUCUUUUAUAUCUUAAUACAUGGGCUCCAUUUUUUAUCUACUAUGCAACAUCUUCGAAUUUUCGAACUGCUUUUAUUCGUAUAUUCCACAAGACUUAUCGAAUUCAUCCAAUGGAACUUACUUAUCUUAAUAAUAAUGCAGUAACUAUUAAUAGAGGACCUUAA